GUUUAUGAGAUUUGUUAUCUCUGCCCGGUACCAGUCUAACAAUUUCACUCCGGGCGCCAUCUUUCAUCUCUGAUAAAAACAAUAAACUAAUGUCCAGGUGGGUUCCCACUGCCGAUCCGAUCAACUCGAUCAUCCCGAUCACCGAAAUUUCCCGACCAAACCCGACCAAGCUCUACUAAAAAGGGUAUACACCACUUCUUCUCGACCUCUUGUCGAUAACACACGACCCCCACACGACUCAUUCACGACGUCCACUCAACCAUCUUUCCGAUUUCUGUUCGAUCAUCUCGACCUAUACGCGAGCUCUAUACGAUCUCAGCGCGACCAAGUGGACCUCAACUCGAUCGCCACAAGAUCUUCACAUGACCAGAUCUUGAUGGUCGUACUACAGUCGUACCAAGCGAUCUAAAAUAACUCGGGAAGAGGUUGAGCUGAUCGUGUGCAGAGCUCGUGUAUGAUCGAAUAGCAAUCGGGAAGUGAUUGUGUACGGUCGAGUAGCCGUCGGGUAGCAGUCUAGUAAAUAUGUACAUCAAAUCGAAUAGAGGUCGAGUGGAUAGUGUUGCGAUCUAAAAUAACUCGGGAAGGGGUCGAGCGGAUCGGGUACAGAUCGUGUAAACGAUGUCAAUCCGAUCGCCUCAUGAUUGCGUCUCGAUCAACUCAAUCUUGUACUCGACUAAUACUCGACCACUUUCCGAGCGCUUCUCGAUCCACUUCCUACUCGACCGCUACUUGAUAUUUUUGACAUGUCAAAAAAUAUCGGGUAGGAAGCCCGACCAAUGCCAACCUACCCGACCGCCCCCGACCACUCAUGCCGACCGAACCAGACCAGUACCCGACCGCUUGGUCGGGCUUGAGCGAGUUGAUCUGAUCGGGUGUGGGAACCAGGCUUAAGGCUUUUCAGAUCUGGCUUCUAUGGAACCUUCUUGCCACAAUCUCCAAUAUGGAAUCAAAAGAUUGCUCAACUGUAAAUAAAGAACACUUUGACAUUGGGGAUAAUCAACAUGCAUCCUCCUGUGAAGGGUUGGCAUUUCCAGUAAAUGAAGAAAAUUCAUCAUUUGAGGGCAUUGCACCUGCAAGUAGUGAAAUAAAUGAAAUCUCAGACAUUCAUGGAAUAGAUUCUCAGUCUGGCAAAGAGAUUUUAGGUGAGCCUAAAUUCGAAGUGGAUAGUGCUGGUCCAAACCAUGACAAUCUUUUUGCUGAACAAAGCACAUGUAAUGCUUCAUGCAUGAAAGAAAAUCGUGAAAACCUCAAACAGGUGUCCUCAGAAAGCUGCAAUUUAGACAAUUUAGUGGAUUGUCAAAGGGAGACAAAUCCAGUGGAUGACUCUACAUGUAAACAAAAAAUAACUUGUAGUACCUUUGAUGAUGUUUAUGAGCAUGGUGAAGGACAUUUUGUUGCUAAAAAAGUCAAAACGAUGCGAACAAAACUGGCUCGAAAGACUUCUGGGACUGAUCGAAUUUCUGUGAAAUCUGCUACUGUUGAUAAAAACAUGAAUCCGCAAACUCAGACCAAUAGGAAUCAAGUAAAUGAGAGCAAUGACCUUGACAGUGCCUGCAACUGCCCUGUUUCCAGAGGGAAAACAUAUAUAUGUGGUGCUUGUGCUAAAAAAUUUAAAACCAUAUGUGAGCUACAUCAACAUUUUAAAUUUCAUGGGUCAAGAGGUUCCUACCAUUAUGAUGAGUUAACUUUGACUGCAUUUCCUAAGUUUGAUUCUGUGUGUGUUUCUUCACAGACUAAAAAUGAUCCAGAAAGCGUAGUUGUAGCCAAACCUGUUCUGAAGGCAUUGAUUUCCACUGCAAAUGUGCGAAAACGAAAACAGUCACCCAUUAAGAUCUCAGUGAAAGAAAAGAAAGCAAAAGCUAAGCAACCUGAGUUGCAAAUAGUUAAAGAACCAAAAAAGAGAGGCAGAAAGCCAAAAAUUAAGCCAGAUAAUGAAAUUACAUGUGAAGAAGGAAAAGUGAGAUGUUUACCAAGACAAGUUAAAACUAUGAACAAAAGUAAAACUAAACCCAAUGAAGUACAGCUAAAUGCAGCUUUUGAAAAUAAAGAUGUAACUGAUAAAAUUAAUGCCAAAAUAUAUGAAUGCAAUAUGUCUGAAAACUCAUCAACAGUAGAUAAUGAUGCCAAAGUAGCUAACCAGAUAAAAACAGCCUCUGAUGAACCCAAACAAACUGUUGCUGUCACAGAAAUAAAUGAAGUGGCACACAAAGAUGAGACAUCAAAAUCAUCAAGCGAUGAACUCUGUGAUAACAUUGAAGAAGAAGUUAAUACUGACCUUAGUGAUGAUAAGAUGGAAGACACGUUGAAAAACGAGGUAAAAUUACUAAAGGAAUACAUAGGAAGGAAUUUAAAGACAAGGGGCAAAAAAAAAAAAGGGACAAGAGUUGUCCAAAAGUCAAACAGUGAAUCUGGGAAUCUGUAUAUGUCCUGUGAGGUAUGCAACACAGUGGUUCUUCAGAAAAAGUACAAAGAACACUUGGUCUGCCAUAGCGACAAGAAGUUGUUUAUAUGCGAAGUAUGUGGAAUGGGAUACGCCAAGAAGAACAAUCUGUCGAGACACAUGUUAUCGCACAGCGACGUGAAACCGUUUCAGUGCAAGCUUUGUCCCAGCCAGUUCAUACGUAAAAUGGACUAUGAGUGCCAUGUGAACAGUCACAAAGGUUACCGGGCCCACCUAUGCAAGGUGUGUGACAAGAGCUUCCUUACCAGCAAGGGGCUAAAAGCUCAUCAGGAGAACAUCCACAUGGGCUUCACAAAGUUCCAGUGUAGACACUGUGACCGAAGGUUCUUCAAGCGUUCAGGUCUCAACACCCACGAAGCAACCCAUUACGAGGCAACCUUGAAAUGUCAGUACUGCGACCACAAAUUCCGGGACAAGUGUGGACUGCGAAAACACGAGCGAACCCACACAGGUCUCAAGCACUAUCAGUGCCAUGUGUGUAACAACGCCUUUAACCAGUGCACGCCCUACUAUGUUCAUAUGGAAAAACGGCAUAACAUCAAUCGUGAAUCGAUCAAACAGGUCAUGAAAAUUGUCAUGGAAGCAUACAAACGAGUCGGGAAAAAGCUGGAGUUUUACCGGGUACCAUGUAACAUUGAGGAAAUCAUGGCAAAUCUUCUUUCAGAGGAGAAGAUUAAGUUAGAACAGGGUGCUAAUGGGAUAGGGGUGUCGUCUAGUGAUCAUAGUAAAACAUUGUCUUUAUCGCGAAUAAGUCCCAGCACUAUUGCCAAUGUGAUUUCUGGAGGGAAAUCUGAUAAUGGGGUCAGUAAUAUAAUAAGUAACAGAAGUCGAAUUUUGGAGAAUUCAAACGAAGUAAAUCUGAGCGGAUUCACCCUGGUAGAUUUAAAUCAGAAGUAUGAUCUCAGAGUGUGUGUUAAUAAAGGCAUAGAAUCAAAAUCAUAUGAUGAUCAUCAUGUGGCAAUGUCCGUGACAGAGGAAUUUUCGCCAAUGAACUCUAGUUCUUCUGCCCAAAAUUUAAUGCUCAAAGAGGAAUCUGGCGCAAGUCUUCUAGACCUUGAUAAGCAGCCAAAAACUUGGAUCUCUACAGAUGGAAAUACCUUGAUUGUGUCCGGAGAAUUACUGGGAUAUCAAGAGAGUGUGACCCUGGCACAAAACACAGAGGAAAGCCUCCGAUCCAGACAAUAUACCUCAACUCAACUGAAACCAAAAAUGAAGAUUCUGUCGCAGCAUGCUGAAUUUUCUAUGCAGAGACCUCAUGGGCUUGCAGUGACAGAUCAAGUACAUGAAGUGAAGCAGGGGAUGUCGUCUCAUUUAUCAAGCCCUCCUGUUCACAGUCAGGCCGUGCAGCAAAUGGACCCUAUGAUAGAAGCUUAUACGGCUGAUUUUUUAGAGAAAAUCUUUCAGAGCCAGUAAGAGUACUGUCUUUAUGUUUGUCAUGCAAACUUUGAAUAGCCAGUUAGGGAACACAUAAUUGUGUAAUUACAUGUAUUUGCCUGUAACAAUAUACACCUGGGAGGAGUAUUAUAAGUGAUAUUUUUAGAGAGUAGUUUAAAUUCAUUUGGCAUUGUACAGUCUAUUUAUACAGCUUAUAAUACUUACAAAUAGUCAUCUAGAUCAUAGCAUAGUCAAUUAAACAAAAUGAGAGACAUAAAUCCAACAAGCAGGAUGCUUCUCUUUUUUUUCGCCCUGCUGCCUCAUUAAACUGUUUAAAUGCAAUUUACAAAAUUGAAUAUGCUUUGAGAUUGAAUACAUUUUGGCAGGAAUUUUAUCCAGUAUGAAUUUACUUUGCUUUCAAUAAUCAAUUUAUCAUUAUCAAAGUUGUUAAAAAAAAUUAAUGCCUAUGUAAAGUACCUUUUCAUAGCCACGAAGAAAAAAAAGCUCAUUCAUAAUUUAAUUAAAUGCCUAUUGAAAUAAAUGCCCUGGUUGUGUCCAUUUGUUAGUCAUCAGUAUUUUUUUCUUAAGACUGUGUUUGCAUUAGCCUUGAACUGUAUUAUAGAUGUAGAUCAGUCUAUAAACAAUUGAUCAAAUUUGAAUUAAUUUGGUGGUUUUUGUGUUUCAAUAACCACAUGUCAGAAUUUUUAUAGUUGGUAGAUGGACUUUAUAUGAACACAAUGUAUAGAUAGAUAUAAAUUAUUUGUGAUAUUUAUUGGGUGUUCUUGUAACCAUUAUUAAAAUCAGUUGCAUACCAAUUAUUAUUUAGAUUUUGAUAGCUGGAAUUUAAAUGAAAGUCGAAUAUCUAUAUAUUGAGGUUUAUACAGUGAACAAUGCAUUUGAGGACAGGUGCUAUGACUUAUGUGACCUAUGAAGAGUCAGUUAGUUUUAAUUUCGAGGAAACCUUGCAUAUUAUUAUGACAAAUGCUUUGCUUUAUAUUAAUAUUUGUUGUAAUGUUAUCUUUAAGCAAGGCAUAAGAAAAUCAUUUUUAUGCCCCCCUUCGAAGAAGAGGGGGUAUAUUGCUUUGCUCAUGUCGGUCUGUUGGUCGGUCUGUCGGUUGGUCUGUCGGUCGGUCUGUCGGUCCGUCCACCAGGUGGUUGUCAGACGAUAACUCAAGAACACUUGGGCCUAGGAUCAUGAAACUUUAUAGGUACAUUGAUCAUGACUCGCAGAUGACCCCUAUUGAUUUUGAGGUCACUAGGUCAAAGGUCAAGGUCACGGUGACCAGAAAUAGUAAAACGGUUUUUGAAUGAUAACUCAAGAACGCAUACGCCUAGGAUCAUGAAACUUCAUGGGUAGAUUGAUCAUGAC